CACCGAUCUAUCGCCAUGGCGUCUCUAAGGAGGCAUCGCCGCGGAAUCGCAGAGGCGGAGGACUACGACGACGGCAGUGGCAGCGGAACAGCAGGUGAAGACACUGACACCGCCACGGAUGAAGAAGAAGAUGAUGAUGAUGAAGAAGAGGAAGAAGAAGAGGGCCACCGCCUGCACCUGGGACUCCACUCCAUGACUGCAAAGGGCAUACAACACCUGUGCUCUGAGCUCCUGGAGAUCAAGAAAGCCUCGGAGCAAGACUUGCGCGCUAAUACCUAUCUCAGCUACCUCUCCUUCGCUAGGAUGUUCCACGAAGCUGGUGAUCUGGACAUGCACGUCCACCGCCUGAAACGUCAGGUCAUGGCACACAGGCAGCUGAUCCAGCAUCUGAGCAGCAACUGCGGCGGCGGCGGCCUGGAUGAUGAGGGUGGCGAAGGUUCCGGUGCCAAGGGCCAGGAGCCCGACAUGGACAUGGACAUGGACGUGGACGUGGACGUGGACGUGGACGACUGGGAGCUGGAGCUGGACGUGCUUCUGUCGGAGCACCGGAUGGAGCAGGCCCUGGAGCUCGUCCUGGGGCAGAGGAUGGUGCCGCAGCAGGGGAAGGCGAGGGUCGCCGAGCGCCUGGCUUCCGUGGCCGGCAACCCGCGGACGCCACGGCCGGAGCUCCUCAGGGCGCUCUCCGGCCUGUGCAAGCUCGGCGAAGCGGAGCGGGCCAACCAACUGCUCUUCAACUGGCACUGGCACCGUGCGAGCGUCGUCCAGGGAAUUCAUGGUUGCUACAUCAAGGAACUCGCGCGCAAGGUGUUCUCCUCCAUUGUCCAGGCGUCGAGGAGCUUCGUGGCGCUGCACGGGCACCCAUCGCCCUACACCCCUCAGCUCCUCCGGUGGGCGAGGGAGGAGAUGGAGGAUUUCAGCGUCGCCUUCUCCGAGUACGUGAGGUCGUCGCAACAAGCCGGGCAGAGCCUGGCUCUGGCACUGGAGGCCGCCGAGUGUGCCAUCUCCUACUCUUCCCUGCUGAGGCCUCUGGGCACCAUCUUCGAAGAAGAUGUGGGUGGCCUCAUGGCGCCCUGCAUCCGGGAGGCCCUGGCCACGUACGCCAGGCAUCUCAAGGAGGUGGUCCGGCUGCUGGUGGCUUCCGACGACUGGGUCCUCGGCAGAUUCCUGAUGCCACCAUUAUUUGCUGCUGCUGCUGCUGCUGCUGGAGUGGCUGAUGACGACGAUGAGCAUCGCCGCUACUGCCUGCUGACAGCCAGCGGGAGGAAAUUCGUGACCCUCGUAGGGGAGGUCGUGGACGACGUCGCCCGCCCGCUGCGACGUGUUCUUGGGAUGGAUGAUUCGGCAGCCGUGCAGCUUGUUGCCGACUUGUUCGAGGAGUACGUCACGCACUCCAUGAUCAUCCCCAACCCAAAGACCAAGAGUAGCAAGCAGCAGCAGCAGGAUCACCAGCACAUCUCCGUGCUCAUCAACUGCACCACGUUGGUGUCCCUGCUCCCCACCAUCGGCGCAUGGUCAGCAUCAGCACAGAGACAAGUGGGCGGCCUGAUCAAAGAAGCGGCCGGGCAGGUGUGGAGCUGCUUCUGCCACCGAUUCAUACGAGACACCAUGGCGUAUUCAGCUUCAGCAUCAUCGCCACCACAGGGGCAGGGGCAGGGGCAGAUGAUGCCCUCUCUGGCUUUCCAGGUGGUGUUCCUUCGGGUGAGGCGGCUCAAGGACGCGUAUGGCGCCAUCCUGGGCGGCGACGAUGGGACGAUGAAGAAACUUCUGCAGGAGCUGAUGGAGGAGGUCAUCUCCUGGCUCUCUACCAAACCGCCGGACUCGUGGAUCGGCCAUGGCGCCCAGGCCCAGCUGGACGUCCAUUUCCUCCUAGAAAUUGCGCGGCUUGGCGGCUUCGACAUCACAGCCAGUGCACUGGACUUGCUUCGGAAGGCGCAACAAGACGACGUGGAGGCCGACGAUGGCGAAGGACCCUGGGCUGCCGAUGCAGCAAGGCAUGCCGUGCAGGUGCUGUUGCUGCAAAACAUGAAUUCCAAUGGAGAUGCAGAGGAAGAAGAAGGGGGGAAUGGAGAUGCAGCAGCAGUGGACGCUUCGGAGGAGUUCGAAUCCGAAUCCGAUGUCAUGGCAAGCGGGAAGUCAGCAGCUGGGGACGACGAUGACGAUGGCACGGCGAGCAGGAAGUCCAGCGACGAGUUCAUAAGCAUUGAGGACGACGACGGAGACAAGCUUAUUCUGGGCAGCGAACAAGCCGCGCCUCAAAAUCCUGCGAACGAUGACGACAGCAGGAGGCGGCGGCAGGCGGCGAAUCCUCUUGCGGCCGCAGAGAAGGACGAUGCUCCCAGAGGCCGGAGCAGGAAGAAGGCGGCGGCGGCGAGCACAAGCAGCAGGCCCAGAUGGAAGUGAGCACCACCAUAUGCAUAUAUAUGGAAUAAUAAAAUAAAUACUGUCUAUAAUUGAUCAUCAAUCAGGUGUAUGUUCAGGUCCUGGAUGAAAUGAAAUGUUUCCUCUAUGUAUUUUUUUUCCA